GUGACCCUUACUGGCGGAAAACGUUUACUGCUGCGCACGUAGCAGGGUCAGACUGUGAACAACAGGCGUUAUAGAAGCCGAGAAGCCGUGGACUUUGGCACCGCUGCUCGUUCUGCUGUUGCUACUUCAGAUCUUAGGCAACGCGGGCCGGUUUAGGCAAGUGCUUGGGGAUAGAAGGUUACAUUCCCGCGGAUUUCUACCCUUGCACUAGAAGACACGCUCGUAUAUUCGCCUCGAAUAUCGCGCCGAUGGGUUCAAAGGAGGAACGUAGACCUUCAUGCACGCCCGAUAGCUUCCACUGCAAGUUCGGAAAAGUUCCCAACACCGACGAUGCCUACGUUCCUACUGCAUGCUCCGGCACGGAGAAGGACGCCAAGAGGCGGCUCUACCUCACUGUGGCGACAACGUACAUGGCGUCGAUUUCAUUCGGCUACGCUUGCACCUACUCCUCGCCCGCUCUGCCGGACAUCCGCAAGAGCAUCGAGUUCUCAGCCUCUGACAGUGGCUGGUUCGGCUCUCUCGUCACCCUUGGAGCUGCGUUCGGUGGACUCGCCGGUGGUCAGCUGGUGAACCUGAUUGGUCGACGUGGGGCCCUCUUCGCAGCCGCAGCGUGGUUCAUGGCCGGCUGGCUAUGCAUCAUGUUCGCGCCGUCCACGGCACUGCUGUUCGUGGGCCGAGUGCUGACCGGUGUUGCCAUGGGCAUAACCGCCCUGACCGUCGCCGUCUUCAUCUCCGAGAUCAGUCCCUCGAACAUACGCGGUUUGCUCAACACGGGUGCCAAUGCGGUCCUCUGCGUCGGAAUCCUGCUCACUUUCGCCCUGGGCAAGUUCCUCUCGUACCGCUGGCUGGCUGCCUUCUGCCUCGCGCCCAGCGUCAUCAUGGCGCUCGCGCUCUUCUGGGUGCACGAGUCGCCCCAAUGGCUGCUUCAGAAGGGACGCCGCAAGGCCGCCAUCGCUUCGCUCCACUUCUACCAGGGUCCCAAGAUUGCCGAGGAACUAAACGCGAUCGACGCGAACCUGGCCAACCAGCAGCCAUUCGCCCUGCUUGACGUAACUAUGCCGUACUUCUACAAGCCGUUCUUCUGCACGCUUUUGCCGAUGUUCAUGCAGCAGGCGUCCGCCGUCUGCGUCAUUCUCUUCUACGCGCAGGACAUAUUCGAAGAUGCCGGAACGUCCAUUGCUGCUGACGACUGCACCAUCAUUGUUGGCGCCCUCCAAGUCGUCGUGCUUUUCGUCGCCACAGUGCUGACCGACCGACUGGGACGCAAAGUGCUCCUCAUCGUCUCUGCUGUGGGAUCCAGUGCUAGUCUCACCCUCCUGGGCAUUUCCUUCCACCUGAAAGCGACUCGUGGUCAAGAGUUUCUGGACUCCUUCGGUUGGUUGCCCCUGCUCGCCAUCGCCAUCUAUUUCGUAUCGUACGCCAGCGGUCUCGGUCCGCUGCCUUGGGUGCUGUUGGGAGAAAUGAUUCCGCUCAGGGCCAGAGGCUUCGCUACGGGUGUCUGCACGGCGUUCCUGUUUGCACUAGCCUUCUUGGUCACCAAGUGCUACGACGAUCUAGUGAAGCUCAUGACUGCGGCGGGAACGUACUGGAUGUUCGCGGGACUUCUGGCAGGCUCGCUUAUUUUGUUUAUAUUUAUUGUGCCAGAAACUAGAGGCAAGAGCCUAGAAGAAAUAGAGCUCAUAUUUGGCAAGACCGACUCCUCUGCCUCUCUCGACACCAUUGACAAAGACGUCGAAAUGACUCUGAACUGAAAAAGUUCGAAGAAACUCCAAUUCCUGUUGCAAAGGACAGUCAGUGCGACACUACUGCGCAUAUGGCGCACAUCCGAGUGUUCUGCAAAGGUGCCAAAAUGCCUAAUUUUUUAGGUGACUUUUGCGCGUGCAAAACCUUCACCUAUGAGUGAUUGAGUAACCGCGGCAUGAACAUAUUUUAUCAUUUAUUCUUCCUUGCUUGCAUUUACAGAUUUGUGUGCAUGGUUGUUGCUCCAUUGUUGAGGGUAGUUUAUCAGUGAGCACGUUUUAGUGCACCAUCAAUCAUUUUAGGAACGGCUGCAGACUUUUGAGAAGUCGCGAACCACUCCGCGUAAGCGGGGUCACCGGAAAAUACAUAGUCAGAUGGCCGAAAAGCGCGUCACCAACAAAUAGAUAUAUUUAUUUAUACAAUACGUGCCCUUGACCAGGACGUUGUUCCCAGUGAGUUUCCAUAAAAGAAAGUAUGACCUUCCUGGUAAUACCUAUUGUUCUAACUUCACGUGUGAAUUUGAUUUCAAUGAUAUACUUUUUGUCGGCACUGUCAAACAAGAAACAAUCCCUCUGGCUCCAUACAGCCGCGAGAUUCUUUGCUGAAAGUUACAUGAUCACCAUCAUCAAAGCAUCCAAAGUGGCACAUCAAUAGCAGUAGGAAGCGUCUCGCUUUUUGUAGGAGGCGCAAUUGCUCAAUCAUAUGUGGCAUAAGAUGUAUGCACGAGUGAUUAUGAGAGUGAUUAUUAUUAUGAAAGUGAGGCUAUCUGAAUGAUUUUUUUUGGAGCAGUAUGAAGAGAUACGGCUGUAAAAGCGAUCUUAUAAUCCGAUUAGCAACCGGCCAUUGAACACGGCUGACACAAGCCCUGGCAUUAGCGACAAAUCAGCAUGACUGCGCUUAUUGUACGCGAUUCUUUUCGCCUUAGCAGGGCUUAUCUUCUAAUGCAAACUUGUUUUUGUUAACACUGGCUUUGAAGCGCCAAUGUUGUCAUAAGUUCAAGUAAGCUGGAAUCGCGUUCUAAUUAGGAUUCACCCAACUGUGUACGUCAGAAGAGCGCUACGCUCCUGUAGAAGGGGUUGGAUAUAGCUUUUGACGUGCGCCCGGUUUCAGCGAAGUUCAAGGAGCAGCGCGUGUUGUUAGCACUUAAGUUGUUUAUAUACGAAUCUACUCGACAACAGUACUCGACUAGCUAGUAUGUCUGUUUGUGCGAAGUAUUUUAUAUUGACUCGAGUUUGUAUGUUGGACGACGUUUGUAUGAGGUGGAUGACGUUAUACUUUAUCAUAUUUUAUAUUGUAAUUCAUGGUUUAUACUUCAUUUUUCUCUGCGUUCUUCUGCUCAUUACUGUUUUUUCUACACUGAGCAUCUUUAGGCUCAGCUUGUACAGUAUUCAAACAUCGUUCAUGUACUUACAGACAAGCAUUACCUGGUUGUGCAUAUAUAUGUAUAGCUGGCACGUUUUUAACGGAACGUAGGGCUUCUGUGUGGCGGGAUAAAGGUUCUUUAAAACAAUUGAUGCCCGCACAAUUCUGAAUUGGUCGUGUGCAUAGUUACUGCAUACAUCGCUUCGAAAAGUGCAAGUCACCUAAAUGAUGCAGUCGUGUUGCAAUUUUUUGAAGAUUUCUUACGUAAAUCAUGAAAGGCGUACACUGUUACCAGAUUGCUGGAGCAUUUUAUUUCAUUUCAAUCUUAUUUUUCUACGCUAUGCAUCGCCUCUUCCCUCCCCACCGAAAAAAAGGAUGUCACAUUAUGCACCGAGUGACUUCAAGCAUAACGGAACUCAGUGAGUUAAUACACUGCCUAGGGGCACAGCUACAGAUCCCACGUGUCCCAAUGUUAAGCAAUAGUUUUUGUCAUUAAAGGAGUGCAUCGGCAGAGCUGUUACUUCGCGCGUGUUUUAUUUUACCUUCGCUUAGGGAUAUAAAUAAACGUGUCGUAUUUUCAUACCUA